UUUAAACCUGCCCUUUAUUCUGCAUUGUUGAAAUUGGAGAUUUAAAGGAGAAUCAGAAGAAGGAGAAAAAAGAACUGCAAAUAAAGCAAUAAACUCCUGCAAAAAUGGCGACUUCUUUAAUCCCGUCGGUUCCAUUUAGCCAAGAGGAAGAUAACUAUACAAGGAUGCAAAUGAUCAUACAAAAGGUUUGCCGCAAGAUUCUGAUUAAAUACUUGGAAAAGAAGGUCGGUUACAUUGCUCCUGGUGAUAGCAUUGAUCAAUUCCUAGCAAACCAAAAAGUAAAAAUAACCAAGGGAAAUGAAGGCAGACGGUAUACGCCACGCUUUUUUCCACUGGACUCCAACGGCCAUCCGAUUCCUGCAAAUCCUCAAAAUUGGGACAUACAAAUGCUUUCCUUUAUCUUGAAAGGGUUCUGCAAACCAUCACCGGCAGACAGCGCUGACAUUGAUUUCAUGAGGGAAAAGAGAAAUUAUCUAAGCCAUCUAGGAAAUCCAGAGGUUGCGGACAACAUCUUCACAACGUUUGAAUCUGACCUGCACGGAAUCAUCAAACGACUGUGUGGAUACUUACAAGACACACAGUUAGAAGAAGAAAUAAAGGCAGACUUGAAAGCCGUUCAUAAUCGACUCUCAGAGAAUUUAGUUGACGCUUACAAAGCCCUUCAUCGGGAAAACCAUAUCGAACAUGAUGUCAGAACUCUACGAAAAGAACACUCGGAACACAUAGGACUGACUAAAGAUAAUGGACAUAUCCUGAAGACAGUUUUGAAAGAAGUGCGAGAAAUAUAUUCACGUUUUCCAAAUGAGGCCAAACAAAGAUUCAUCCCGCCAGAAUGUUCAGCGGGUAAACUUCUCGUGAAAAACUGCAAGAGCGAAGAGGAAGAGGCGCAAUUAACCGGUGCAGUUGUUCAAAACUUUUCAAAAUAUGCAUCAAGAGAGAAAGUAGAAAGCACACUUCAAAGCUGUGCUAAAGACAUGGAGACAUAUGGGCAAGUAACAUCAGUAAAAGUAGGGUGCGUUGAAUUUUCAAUUCAAUUCCACACACUGCCAACUUGCUUGAGUUACAUAGAUGAUGUUGAAGAAGGAAAACUAGACACUAUAUUUGAACCUCUUCAAGCUGUCUUUCGCCAGGAGUUUAAUAAUGAUAAGAUAGAAUUGAGCUUCAUCAUGACUUGUGAUCAAUUACAAGAAUGUAUAACCAAAAUCUGUAACGGUCUUAGAUUGCAGAACGCAUCGUCGGACACCUUUGCAAAAGAAUCCCAUACCAGAAAAAAUGAACAUAUAAGGGAUAAAAAGAGUCCCGAUGAAACAAAAAGAAGUGAAACUAAACCAACUGAUUAUGAACGUUACCAAAAACAAUCUGGAGAUCCAUUCCCACCACCGGUGUUAACAGAAAGAACAUCGCCAACUCGAGAAAUAUCAGUUAUGGCUUCGAAUGAAAAUCCAACUGAUUCAUCUGCCAUCAAGGAAUUGGGCACGAAGCUGAAACUAUUUGAGCAAACUAGCAAAGGGGAACCAACACAGACAAGAAACGCAGACACUCCGCAUAUGAAAAGAUCUGGUCCAUUCCAAAAUCAAGUAACAACCGAACGAGAGUCACCGUCUCCGAGAACAUAUCUGUCGACGCAUGAUUCCAGCGUCUUCAAAAAGCCUCAAUGUCUGAUCAGCGCGAUAGAAGCAAAUACACUUAAAGUAUGUGAUGAUGUCCUUGACCAGAUUUCCCGCAUAGACAAGCCAUGUGUCAUCGUGUCAAUUGCGGGGUUAUACAGAACAGGAAAAUCUUAUUUGAUGAAUCGACUAGCUGGCGCACACGAAGGUUUUGCACUCGGUGACACGAUAGAGUCAAUGACGAAAGGCAUCUGGGUUUGGUGUAGAGUCCACCCUGAACAGAAGGACACUGUGCUAAUACUUCUGGAGACGGAAGGACUGGGAGACAUUGAAAAGGGAGAUUCAAACCACGACAACCGCAUUUUCACCCUCGCUACACUGCUGUGCAGCACCCUAGUGUACAACAUGAAAGGAGCUUUUGAUCAGGAUGCUGUCAACAAACUCACAUUUGUGUCUGAAAUGUCCAAAAGCAUCAGAUUUGGCAGAAGAUGUGACGAGAAUAACCUUCUUUUGCAAAGCAUUCUUCCUGGGUUUGUGCUCGCUUUGAGAGAUUUUUCGCUAAAAUUUAUAAAAGGAAAAAGGCAGCUAACACCAGACGAAUACCUGGAAGAAGGCCUGGAAAAUAAACCGGAAAAAAGGGCUUAUUUCAACAAACCCCGGGAGUGCAUCCGAAAAUUCUUUCCGCAGGAAAAACGGAAAUGUUUUGCGUUCCCUGUCCCUGGAGAUGCUGAUACUUUGGAAAACCUAGAUAGCCUUAAAUUUCAAGACCUUUCGCAUAGAUUUCAGACCGUUGCAACACAAUUUGUGUCAUAUAUCUACAGGCAGGAACCAAAGCAACUCCAAGUUAGCGAACUAGUCAACGGACCUAUGUUUGCCACACUUACCAGAAGGUAUGUGGACGCUUUUGCAAAGGGGAUUGUGCCUGAUGUUGACGAUGCAUUUUCAACGGUUGCUACAAUCGAAAAUAGGAGAGUGAAAGACGAAUGCAUGAUCAUGUUUCGAUCCAGAACAAACGAUAUGAAGUUGCCUCUUCCAUCAAAAUCGCUGGAUAAGCAUUUCAAGGAAGCCCGAUGGUCAGCGCUUGAAUACAUGCGUACAAAUGCUGUUCAGGAUGUCGCCAAUAUUGUUGAAAGGGAGGCCCAGAUGGAAAUGGACUUGUUAUGGCAACAGUUUCAAAGUCAAAACAAAGAGGAAAAAGAGAAGCAUUGCACAAAAGUACUUUCAGGUUUGCCAUCCUUCAGCAACUUGCAAGCGAGGCUACAGAAGACAGAUUAUGAAGUACUCGGAGGACAUAGAAAAUUCAAACGAGACGUCGACAUGGUUAAGCAAAAAUACGAACAAGCUCUUCGGGAGUAUGAGCAACCAAGAGAGAUCGGAUUGGUUUGGAACAAUUUCGUAAGCGACCUUUGUGCAGAUGAAAAUAAAAUCCUUGAAAAAGACAAUGAACUUUCUGAGGAUGAAAAAGCGAGGGAGAAAGAAGAAAAUGCAAAAUCGAUGGAACGUAUGAAGGUCGAAAUGGCGGAAGCAAAUCAAAAGGCUUUAGCUAAACAAAGGAAUGAGCUGGAUGAGCAACAGAAGAAGCUAGAUGCAGAACGCGAAAGAAGGGACACAGAACAUCAAAACAAAAUAGCAGAUCUACAGAACAAACUUGCUGCUACUCUUGACGAAAAUAAGGAGGCCCAGAGGAGAAUGCUUAAACAAAUUAGGGCAUUGCAUGAGGAAGCAGAGAAACGAAGGGAGGAAAUGAAUAACAAAUUCGAAGCGAUGCAAAAACGAAGAGGCGGAAAUAUUUUAGAUGUAUUCUUCAAUACUGUAAAAGAUAUAUUUGAUCCUUAAGAGGUGACUAUUGAUCGUAACCACGGCAGUAAGGACAUCACAAAUCUACAAAUCUGAGUUUACUCUUUUAAAUGCUUAAAAAAGUAAUUGAAAAUUUUCAGAAUAGAACAUAGUCCCCUUUUGCGGUCACAUGACCAACUGAUUGUAGAUGGACAUCACGUGGCCAACUAACAUAAUAAACUAAAAUUUACACGGCACCUUGUUAUUGGACCGAUUUCUAUGCAAGUGACAGGAUAAUAUAGUAGUUCAGUAUAACUUAUAGCCUACUAUCCUUGUGUAAUUGCAUAUCUUAUAGCUUUUUGUACACAGAGCACAACAGCCAUUAUAUUAAUGUACCUUUGUAUAUUAAGAGUUUAUAUCGUAAAUGUAUAAAGUAAAAAACAUGAAAUCGUGAUGGUUUUUUAAAAAUUUAAAAUGUCACACCGGAUCGUUUGAAGAAACUGCGUUUAUAAAUCAUAUAGUCUGAAACAACAUUGUUGUAUUAGGUAUAUGUUUAUGGUUGUCAGCACUAAACAUUUUCAUUUUCAACUUUUUUAAGGGAAUAGGUAGAUAGUGUUUUAGUAAAAGAAAAUAUUAGAUAAUGACGAAGUUUAUGUGUAUGCCAAACCAUCGCAAACGAGAUGUUGAGGUAUAUAAAGGAGUCAUUAUAGUGUAAAUGCAUUUUGAUUUGUCAUUCUUUACGAGGGCUGUUCAAUGUAUAAUGACAAUUUGUUUUUUUAUUUAGAAAAAUAUUCGAAGUUAUGAUAUAUAACAUAUACGAAAAUUGUAAAUUAGGUCCUUUUUAUGGUAAAGAAUGAAUACCGCGCAAUUAUAGCGCAACGGCAAACACCAAUGAUCCUUUCCCUAUUUUCUUAUUUCAUAAGCAUACUUUUAUAACAAUUUCCAAACCUUUGGAUCUAGAGCAAGCCAAACAGACAACUAAUUUUUAAGGAAUUAUUUAAAUAUCUCAUACUGUCUUUUCCUAGCGAAGAGAUCAACAUUUAGUUAUUAGUGUGAUCAAUCGGUCACGUAUAACAGUACUAAUAAUACAAAAUAUUCAAAUUGAAGAAGCAUUGGUUCAUUUUUUCUCAAAUUUACUUUCAAAAAUAACACUGACUUAAGCCUUACAUUUCAUUGAGGCCGGUAUAUCCGAAAACGUUAUGUUUAAAGUUAAAAAACAACUUUUUAAUUAUUGACGUAGGUACAUGUAAUAUUCAGGACAAAUGACAAAACAAAACCGUAGAAUUCAUGUUAACACAACAAUUUGGAAAUGUAAAUAGCAGUUUCAUUAUGUUUGGGACGCCCCUCCCGUUCGUUUUUGUUUUUAAUUCAUAAUACAACCUAAUUUCAUGCUAAUAUUUCUGUCUCUGGAUUAUGUACGUAUACUCUCUCUUACCAAAGGCUUUGCAUUGUGUCUAUAAAUAGUGCAUGAAUAUGCAUAUUAUGUAGAUUUAUGUAAUCAGAUAUUUAAAUAUGUAACCUGGACACACUGAAAUUGUUCUUAGUUUGAUUAUAUAUGUUUUUGUUUGUAUAGGGGUUAGUACAAUAUGACGCUUUUGUGACCUGUAUUACGUCGAGUUCGGUGUGUAAACACAUAUCCGGAGAGACCACAGGUCGAAAAUAAUAGACUUGAAUGUAUAAAUCGCCCCUAAAGACCUCCUCACAUUCACUACUGCACAAUUAGUAUUUUUAAGUUGUUUUUUUUUCUCUCGUGGUAUUGUAUAACUUGAUUGUAAAUAAUAGAAUGCAAAAUUAUUUAUUUAGUUCUUUUAUGCAUGCAAUAUUUAGUAUGUGUAUUUUUGUGUUUAUAAUGAUGAGUUAUAUAUGCUUAAGUUGAAUACACAUUCUGUUCUGUUAUAUUCUGUUCUGUACAUUAUGUAGCAUUGUAAGCACAAGAUUUACACAUUCCGCCAAAAACUACAAAAAUAUCUCUGUUAACACUUUAUGUUUUCAAUAGCCUAGACAUGAUAGAUAAAUAAAGAAUGAACGAAUGAAUGUUACAGGUUAAAGAAUAGAGUUCCUGAAAAUGUACUUCUGUACUUUUUGCUAGAGAAAGCCGUGUUAAUUAUAAUAUGCAUUUAGAAGUUAAUAUUUGUUUGCUAGAGAUACAUACUUAUUUUGCGAGUUUGUACCGUCUUUAUAGGGUAGU